UUCGACAAGCCACUGGGGAAUUGAAAGUCCACACAGCGGAGCGCUCCCUUUAACCGUCGAACCGGAGGCCAACUUCGGCGUGGCGAAGCGGCGUCGUCUUUGUUUUGGUCGGCCGACUGAAAGAAGACACUCGACAGAGCUUUUACAGUUCGAACAAACAGAUUAGUCAGCAUGACAACCAAGCACGGACUGAUAACCGAUUCAUUCAAGGUGGUAAAGAAAGCAAGGAGGGAGGGGAAACGACAGAAGAGACCCACUCCUCCCCCACCACAGAAAGAUGUACCAGAGGGCGACAGUGACCCGGUCAGAGAGGAGGAGCUGCAGAAGCUCCUAAAGUUUGAUCUGGACUGGAGAUUUGGGCCCUGCACAGGUAUCAGCAGGCUGCAGAGAUGGGAGAGAGCGAAGCUCCAUGGUCUGAACCCACCUGAGGAGAUCAGAGACCUGCUGCUGCAGACGCUCACCGACCCCGAGUAUAAGCACAGCCUAUGGAGGGAAUAUCCUUUGUGAGGAAGUCACUGAGAGACAGAGAAAAGAACACAGACCAGCAUGGAGCAGUGGAAUGACAGAACAUGUUGUUGUUGUUGUUUUUUUUACACUAUGUUGUCUUCUAUACACUAAUUUUUAUGAACAUUUUUUUACUAAAACUCUACCUGAACACUUUCCUGUUCUGUCACUGAUUACAACUCAAAUCGUGAAAGAAACAGUGACAAAGUCACACAUUGAAACACUCUCCACUCUCUGGGGCUACCACGUGGUCUGCACACUGUCAUACAUCUGCCUCAAUCAUUUUAAUAACUGACCCAGCCCACACACUUUCUCUCUCCACGCUCUGCUCCUCCACGUGCACGAGGGAGAGAAUGAGUGAGUGGGCGUGUUCGCAGUGCUGCUGAAACAAGGACACAUUGGAAAGGGUUCAGCACUCAUCUCAAUCCUGAAAGGUCUGGGUUAGCCUAUGUUAGUGGUUAAAGUUAUGGUUGUGAAGAAAAAUAACAAUAAAACAUAUACAUGUACAGGA